GCGAGGGGAAAGAGGCAGGGGCGGUUCGCAGGUGUGGGAUCUCCCCGUAACCUCCUUCUGUUACAGCGCAGCAGUAGCACAGCCAGGAUGGCUUAAUAAGUUGGUGUUUGCAAGCAGGAGAUUCUCCAGAAGAAGAAUGCUGUUUUGGUGGAUGGGGUCAUUCUAAAUGGUCCAAUAAUGGACUCAAAAGCAGGAGAGAAGCUUGUGGAAGAGGCCUGUAAGAUUAUAAUGGAAGAAGUUGUCCAGAAAGCAGAUGAUGUAACAGAAAAGGUCUGUGAAUGGCAAGCCCCUGAGAAGCUUAAGCAGAUUCUUGACCUGGAAAUGAGGGACACCGGAGAAAGUCAUCAGAAGAUCCUGCAGCUCUGCCGUGAUGUUAUAAAAUACAGCGUCAAAACCAAUCAUCCAAGAUUUUUCAAUCAGCUGUAUGCUGGAAUAGAUUAUUACUCAUUAGUGGCUCGUUUCAUUACAGAAGCACUCAACCCCAGUGUGUACACAUAUGAAGUAUCCCCUGUGUUUCUGUUGGUGGAAGAAGCAGUCAUCAAGAAAAUGAUUGAGUUCAUAGGCUGGGAAGAAGGGGAUGGUAUAUUUAACCCAGGUGGCUCUGUUUCUAAUAUGUAUGCUAUGAACUUAGCAAGGUACAAAUUUUGCCCUGAGAUAAAGGAGAAGGGGCUUUCAGGUCUGCCAAGAUUAGUUCUGUUUGCUUCGGAAGAGUGCCAUUACUCCAUGAAGAAGGCAGCCUCCUUCCUCGGUAUUGGCACAGAGAAUGUGUACUUUAUCAAAACAGAUGAAAGAGGUAAGAUGAUACCUGAGGAACUGGAGAAACAAGUCCAGCGGGCCAGGAAAGAGGGGUCAGCACCAUUUCUUGUCUGUGCUACAGCAGGCACAACUGUUCUGGGAGCAUUUGAUCCUCUGGAUAAAAUUGCUGAUAUCUGUGAAAAGCAUGGCCUCUGGCUUCAUGUUGAUGCUUCUUGGGGUGGCUCAGCUUUGAUAUCAAGGAAGCAUCGCAGACUUCUUCAUGGUAUCCACAGGGCUGAUUCUGUUGCCUGGAAUCCACAUAAAAUGUUGUUGGCAGGAAUCCAGUGCUGUGCUCUUCUGGUGAAAGACAACUCUGGCCUCCUGAAGAAGUGUUACUCUGCCGAGGCUGCGUACCUGUUCCAGCAGGACAAGUUCUACGAUGUCAGCUACGACACUGGUGACAAGUCCAUCCAGUGCAGCAGGCGUCCGGACGCGUUCAAAUUCUGGCUGAUGUGGAAAGCUUUGGGAACCACAGGCCUGGAGGAGAGAGUAAACAGGGCACUGGCUUUGGCAAGAUAUCUAGUGGAGGAAAUUAAAAAAAGAGAGGGAUUCCAGCUUAUUUUGGAGCCGGAGUAUGCGAACGUCUGCUUUUGGUACAUUCCACCGAGCUUAAGAAAAAUGGAGGAUGGACCUGAAUUUUGGCAAAAGCUGCACCAGGUUGCUCCUAUAAUUAAGGAGAGGAUGAUGAAGAAGGGCAGCAUGAUGCUUGGGUACCAGCCCCACUGGGGCAAAGUCAACUUCUUCCGCCAGGUGGUUAUCAGCCCGCAAGUUAGCCGAGAGGACAUGGACUUCCUGCUGGAUGAAAUCGAGCUUCUUGCUAAGGACUUGUAGCUGUAGCUCCACAGCAUCAGGUGCUGCUCAUGUGUGAUAUUGAUGGAGGGAGAGUGCCAGCAGCAUUCUGGUGCUGUUUUGUGAAAGGUAGCAAAAAGCUUGACAUAUAGUUUGGGAAGUGUCAUUUUACAGAUUGGUGUUGAGAGCUUUGCAGGUAGAACACCCCUUCACAGGAAAGUAUUUGCUGACAGGGGCUGGGGGGCAGGCUGGUGCUUCCAGCACCGUUGCUGCCAUUCUAGGAAGUGUUUCUUCAAGAAAGAAGUGCUUCUGAAAAUGGUGUCUAUGUCCCAGGAAAGGCAGCUAUUUACUGGGUGCCUGUGCACAGUGUAGCUCAAACUGGUCACUUAUGCAUGCAGGCAAAAUUCCUCUGAAGUUGCUGUUACAAGUGAAUUUGUCAGUGAGCCUUAAGAUGCUAGCUAAUUCUCUUACCUACUCUGUCAAUAUUUUAGUUUGGUAAUUAACAUGAUAAGACUGGAAACUGUGGACUUGUGUGAAAUGAGUUCCUCAAGGCCACCUAACUAGGUGGAUUGCCCAGGUUUUCUGCUGUGAGCAGAGGCAGACAGUACAAUGGGGCUCAAUGCAGUCGUCACACCGGGAGGUUUGCAGGAACCUCCUGCACAAAACCCUGGGUAACCAAUAUUGACCCUGCUGGGAGCAGGUUGAAGAGAUGACCUUUUAAGGUCCCUUCCAACCCACAGGAUUUUGUGAUUCUGAUGAAACACAGUCGUUUGGUCCAGUCAGUGUUUGCCCACUCAAAAUAUCACCACUUUAGGAGAGCUGGAAAUAUUUGAAUAGCAUUUAGAACUUCUAACUUCUUUGUUAACAGGAGUUACCUAUCAUUUCUGAAUAGCUGUUCACCUUCAUCUAUCUUUAAACAGUAAAGAUUUAUUUAAAAGAUUUUAGAUGCACUUUAAAAUUUUAACAGAGAAAAAAAAAGAUAUAUUUACCCA